CCCUUUCUGACCCUUGUAUCCCGAUUUCUUCUUCCUUUUCUUCUCCUCCUCUUCUACCCGAGACCGACCGGCAAAAAAUGGCGACAAGAGUCAUUGUUGUGACUGGUAGUGCUUCAGGUAUGGGCCUCGCAACGGCUACCAGCCUUGCCAACAGUGGACAUCAUCUGGCGCUCUGGGAUAUCAACAGUAGCCGGCUCGCGGAGGUCGCAAAGUCCCUUCAAGAUCAAUACGCGGGCAAGGUUUUGGCACAGACCGUCGACGUUUCGGACCGUUCCGCGGUCAAGGCUGCUCUCGCGGAGGCACAGCAUCACCUUGGCGCUAUUCAUGGGAUUGCUAAUUUUGCGGGGACCGGAGGUCGACAGCUGGGAGUGGAGUCGAUCUGGGAAACCAGUCCAGAGGAGUACGAUUUCAUCGUCAACCUGAAUAUCAGAGGGCUGUUCAACAUCCUGGGCGAGGCUCUGACUCCUGGCUUCCUGGGUGAACUGCAAAGCGUCGUGCACGUUGCGAGCAUGUUCAGUACGCGGGGCUACCAGAAGGGGGCCGUCUUUGCUGCUAGCAAGCAUGCCGCAGUCGGGAUGGUCAAGAGUGCAGCUCUCGAGGUGGGAUGCAGGGGCAUCCGGGUGAAUUGUCUGUUGCCUGGAGCUAUCGAAAUGCCGAUGUUUCAUGAGGUUAGGAACAACGCUGGUCUUUCUUCCUCCGCAUCGAAUACGCCGAUUCCUCGGCCAGGUCAACCGAGGGAAGUGGCAGAUGUGGCGACGUUCUUGCUGAGCGAACAGAGCAGCUAUGUGACAGGGGCGGUGUGGAAUGUUGAUGGGGGCGCAAAUGCUUGAAUGCAAGUUGUGUGUAGC